AUGCCAAAAGCAAGAGCAAGCGUGAAAAAGAAAAAUGGCGGUUUUCUAAAGCUGAAAAUAGUGGUGAAAAUGCUACAAAAAAGUUUGAUUCCUCGAAAGAAAUGGGUGCCGGAGGACGUGAAGGAGGGGCAUUUUGCGGUGAUGGCGGUCGAAGACGACGACCUUAAGAGGUUCGUUUUGCCCUUGAGUUUCUUGACCCGUCCCUCCUUCCUGCGCUUGUUGGAGCAGGCGGCCGAGGAGUAUGGCUUCGAUCACCAUGGGGCCCUCACGCUGCCUUGCUCCCCGACCGAGCUUGAGGGGAUACUGGCGGAGCAAUGGGCUCCCGAGGGGGGCUCAGGUUGGGAUUGCUAUCAGACCGUGGUUAAAACAUGUUGA